UCUGCGAAAGAGUAGUUUGUGCAAGGAAGGUAGUAGUAAUUCAAGGUUUUUACAAUUUAAGGUGCAACAAUAUUUCCUAGAUACUGCACGCUGCAUUAAAGCGAUUCACAUUUCCUUCAGCCUGCGGACGUCUUUUGAUAUAAAGCAAUCGCGUCCAGAAUGGCUGCGGUAUUCGAUAUCGAAUUGCACGACGUGGAUACGGUGAAUAGGGACGAGUCUGACGAUGAUGUUAUCGAGAUUGGCGAGGAGGACUAUGAUGCUAAUCCAAAUGUGAAUGAAAUAAUUGAGUCGGAUGGUGUAGAGACGGUUGCUAUAUCCGAACAAAAUGUUAAUCGUGGAAGAGAAAGAGCUGGACCACAAGAUUUCGAACUUUGCAAAGUUAUUGGAAAAGGUGGAUAUGGAAAGGUCUUUCAAGUACGUAAAAUAACAGGAAAUGACAGUGGUACAAUUUUUGCUAUGAAGGUGUUACAUAAGGCAUCUAUUAUAAGAAAUCAGAAAGAUACUGCUCAUACAAAAGCUGAGCGAAAUAUUUUAGAAGCAGUGAAGCAUCCAUUUAUUGUAGAUCUUAUGUAUGCUUUUCAAACGGGUGGUAAAUUAUAUUUGAUCUUAGAAUAUAUGUGUGGUGGUGAACUUUUUCGACAUUUAAAUGAUGAAGGAAUAUUUUUAGAAGAUACUGCAUGUUUUUAUUUAUCAGAAAUAAUAUUGGCUUUGCAACAUCUUCAUUUACAAGGAAUUAUUUAUAGAGAUUUGAAACCAGAAAACAUUUUGUUAGAUGCAGAAGGUCAUAUUAAAUUAACUGAUUUUGGUUUAUGUAAAGAACAUAUACAAGAUGGGACAGUUACACAUACGUUUUGUGGUACUAUAGAGUACAUGGCUCCUGAAAUUUUAAUGAGAAGUGGACAUGGAAAAGCAGUAGAUUGGUGGAGCCUUGGUACUUUGAUGUAUGACAUGCUUACAGGAUCUCCUCCAUUUACAUCUGCUAAUAGGAAAAAAACUAUAGAAAAAAUUCUACGUGGCAAAUUAAAUCUUCCUCAAUAUUUAACACCUGAUGCCAGAGAUUUAAUUAGAAAGCUACUGAAGAGACAAGUCGCACAAAGGUUAGGCUCUGCGCCAUCGGAUGCAGAACAAAUAAAAAAUCAUCAAUUUUUUAAGCACAUAAAUUGGAACGACGUUAUAUCCCGAAAAUUAGAGCCCCCAUUUAGACCAAUAUUAGCAAGUGAAGAUGAUGUAUCUCAAUUUGACAAGAGAUUCACAACCUCUGCUCCUAUAGAUUCGCCUGCAGAAUAUACUUUAAGCGAAUCAGCCAAUAGAGUAUUUCAAGGAUUUACAUAUGUAGCACCGAGUAUACUAGAAGAUAUGUAUUCACAACCAAGAGUUAUAAAUGCUAGAAGUCCUCGCAAAGGCAAUACACGUGGUUUCUCACCAAGAAAUACACAUUUCCAUUUGCAUAAUUCGCAUUUGCAAAAUCAUAGGCAUAAUGGUGUAGGACAUAACAAUGUGGAAGACACAGAAAUGAUAGAAAUAGGCUAACUCUCACUUCUUAAAUAGCGAAAUAAUGCUUAGCAUUUUGGCCUAACUGCUGAAUAUCCGCGACCAAUCCUCAUGUCUCAGGGAGGGAUUUUAUAAACGUACAGAAAGAGAAUAACAUAGGAUGGUCUGAUCUUAACUGCUUCAGAGGAUAUUCAGCAGUUAUGUUUAGCUAAUUUUUUUUUAAUCAAAUAUAACAAUUACGAAUUUAUUAACUAAUAUUACGUUCUGAAAGAAGCGAUGUGUGUGUAGCGGUUGCUGGUAUCACUGAAAAUAAUACUUACAUCUGAUCUAUAAUACAGGAAAAUAACUAAUCUGUUAACCGAGGAAGACGGGCAUAUCUCACUUCUCCGGUGAUACUAGAAUAAAUAAUUUUUUUUUGUUCAGCCACUCCUACUAAAAAAACAUUAUACGUCCAAUUAUUUAUUUUGCAAUUCAUUCGUUUCUAAAAAGAUUCUCCGUCUUCAUCCGUGUUAUUUUAUUUUUAAUCGAAAUAAACUUUGUACAUUCGCGUUUAUUGAUCGCAAAUCUCCUCGAUUAACAGGUUAAUCUUGAGUUGAUAUUUUGUUAGUAAAUAUAAUGCGAAUUUACAUUUGGUAUUUUGAUUUAUACAUUUUCUUUUUUGUGGCUUACGUUAGCAGUGUAUUUAUGUACACAUGUUCAGUUUAUUGGCGUGUAUGUAUAUGUGUACAUAGAUACGAUCGAGUAUUUAAUAUCCGCGAAGAUAUAAUCCUACUUUUGUAGAUAUUAUUUACAAAAGACAAAUGUAAGACAACGAAAAUCGUAAUGCUGCCAUCAACCGCUCUGUUGCUUUAAUCUCUUUUUCACGCUAACACUUGAUUAUUUAUAAAAUUAAUUUUAGCAGCACAUUGAUUAUUUAUAAAAUUAAUUUUAGCAGCAAUAAUGUUUCUAUGGGAGCAACGACGAGCAUAUUUUGCCUAAACAAUAGUUAAAGUUAGAAGCAUUUAUGCAAUGAAGCAAUGGAAUUGCAUUUUUACAAUUUAAAGUUCCUAAAAAAAAAUUGCAAUAUAUAUGAAUAUUUUGCUCACACGACGUAAUAAUAUUCACUAAUAGAAACUUACGAAAUAUAGUGAAAUAUCUUUAGCAAUUUUUUCAAAAUGCAAUUAAUUGUUCCAAAAAUAGCAAUUUAUUGUAUAAGCAUGCUGCCAUAGCAACCAUAUUACUGCACAAUUGAAAUAUCUAAAAAAAAUUAAGGAUUUUAUAUUUGUUCCUAUGUUUUACACUUAUUAUAGUGUUUUUUAAUUACAAAGGAACAUCAAUGGUACAAGUUACCUCAGACUUUUACUUUUCUUAUCUUUGUGUUAAUUAAUGCAAUAUUGACUAUAGACAUAUAUUCAUAGAUAAAUUAUAUAAUACAAAAUAUAAGCAAGAGUAACAAUUUGAUGCUCAGCAAAUUUCCAAACUACCCAAGUGUUCACAGGCCAUGAUAUCUGGCAAAUAUUACAUUUAACUACUUAUAAUAAUUCCAUGGUCGAGAUGCAAUAUUAAUCCAAUAACAGAACCUUUCUCUAUAUAAUUUGUGCUUCACAAUUAAUUCGACAUUAAUAUAUAUAUAUAUAUAUAUAUAUAUAUAUAUAUAUAUAUAUAUAUAUAUAUAUUUAAUGUUGCAUUUCGACUAUGUACGCAAGUAAGUGCGUAUAAUAUACACAUAAGAUUAUACUAUUCGCAGUUGUAUUGUAAUGUAAAAAUAUCUAUUCGAAAAAUAUUAUGAUAAUUUAUAAGCUAUUAUUGUAUGUAUCAAAGGACGUACACUUUCAAUGUUAAAUUAAGAAUGUGCCUACAGAGUUUUCAAGAUGCUACUAAAACUAGAACAAUGUGCCGAAUUUAGAAACUUAGACAGGAGACAUACCUGGAGCAUAUUACAAAGUGUCGUUAAAUAUUGUUAAAACAAAUCACUGUUAAAAUCAAAUAAAAUUAGGAUUUUCUUUUUUUUUCUUUGCAAUUCCAAUUGUAAUACUUUUUACAAAGAAAGUAUAAAUUAUAGAAAAAGAGAUCUAUUAUUUAUUAUUAAUUGUUUGUAAACUGAACAAUGAACUUUGUAGCGAAAAAAUAUUUCAAAAUAUAGCAAAUAGAGAACUUUGUAGUUGAAUUCUUAAAGCUCUAAUGAUGUGCUCUCAAACAGACUGUGACAUCGAUACUCAUUGUUAUGAUCCAUUUUUAACAGGACCUAAAUAAGGAUUAUGGCGCUACAUGUUACUAUUAUUAAGGAAUUCUUGCAAAUUAAUAUAUCAAAUAUUUAUCAUGGUACACACGUUCAGUUAUUUAACAACUGUUUUAAAAAAAAUGACAAGAAGUAUUAUUCAGUAAUCUUCCUAUCAUAAAUUAGGAGCACAUAUUUAUCGAUUGAGGCACGAUUUAUAUUAAUUGAAAAUUAUAAAAAAUGUUAGAAUGAAAUUAACACAAUUAACCUCUACCAAAAAGGUAAUCUGUGUUUCAUGCUUCCAAUUAAGAAAAACUGUAGUUUUUUCAAUUGAUUUAUUGCUAUCAUGGUUUGUAAUCCUCUUUAAAUCGUGUAUACAAAUAAAUAUAAUGAUUUGUGACUUAAGAUCGUUCAAAUAUGUUAGAUUAUUGAAAUGCAUGAAAAAUGAUACAAAUACCUAGACGAUCAUGGAAAAUAUUACAAAUUAAAUUAAUGUUUUAUAUUUAAAUUUAUUUAAUCGAUAUGUACUAUCUAGAUAAUACUGUAUAAUCUUGCAAUAAUAAUUUUUAUUUUUAAUUAUGUAACAUAAGACACAACAACACACACAGAUUGUGUUUAUUAUUACUGCUACUGAUAUGAUGAUUGUUUAUAUUAUGGUAUAAAAACAUUAAUAAUUAAAAUUGAAAUUACUAUAAAAUAUAUCACAUUGAUCAAGGAGUCCAGUGAUGGGUUGGUUAGUUAAGAAAUAUCCACAAACGUUGUAUGAAUUACAAAACAUCUUAAUGAAAUUCAAAGUUUUGUUCACUAUUAAUUGUUCAUUAUCCUUGAUUUCGCAAUGUUUUAUAACUAAUACAAACGUAAUUUUUGAUCCAUUUUGAUGAAUAAAGUUUUAUUUAAAAAAUGAAAA